GGCGACACGUUGCCAGAGCCAGUCGCCAGCGUCACUAUGUUCUCGGCCCAUCUCCUGCUGAUCUGCGUGGCGUGCGCGGCGGCCGUGCCGGUGCCGUCGUACAAGGACCAGGCGCCGCCCACCGAGCCGCCGCCACCGCCGCCGCCGUCAGAGGAGCCGCCCGCUCCCCGGGCGCAGCCCCAGCUCGGCCUAUCCAGCAAGUCCAGACAGCGCCAGACGGGCUACACGCGCGGCGGCGCCGCGGUCAGCUCCACCGGCGCCACACAGGGCGCCGGCAGCCUCGACCUGGCCAUCGACGGACCGGGCGGCUUCAAGGCGCGCAGCAAGGCGCUCGUCAACUCGGGCGUCUCCGGCGCCGCCGUGGCCGCCGGCAAUGGCGGCUUCAAGCAAAAGUCCGAGUCGGAGACGGUGGGCACCGUUGGACUGCAGGGCCUGGACAUCAGCACAUCGAGCCGCGGCGCAGGAAAAUCAUUCGGCACGGCCGGUGUCACCCAGAAGCAGGGCGCUAACGGCGGUGUCAGCGGCGCGGCGCGCGUCGGCGGAAAGUCUGGUCACGCCAAGGUGGCCGGCGCGCUGAAGGGCUCUGCCACCUCGUCCAGCGGACUGGACGCCACCAGCUCGGGAGACAGCAAGUUCAAGGGCGCCAACGCCGGCAAGACGUCUGUCAAAUUCAACGUACCCAGCCCGGACGACGCGCUGCCCAGCGGCGUGGCGCCCAACAUCGGUGUCGACUCCGACUCGCUGCUGAAGCAGCAGGGCGGCGCCGUCGGCGACGCCAGCAUCUCGACCAACGGCGGCACGCAGGGCGGCGGCAGUCUGGUGGCCGGCCUCCGCGCGCCAGGACUCCAGAUCGACGGCAGCGCCGCCGCCAAGUCGGGCGUGUCCGGCGCCGGCGCGCUGGUCGGAGACGGCGGAUUCGCGCAGGAGAGCAUUGCCGGCACUUCGUCCAGCGGCCGGUCGGACGGCCUAAGCGUCAAGUCCAGGUCGAACGGCCGUGGCAGCGCCGUCGGCAAGGUGGCCACCCGCCAGGGCGGCUCCACCAGCGGCGGCAUCUCGGGCUCAAUCGUCACCGGCCUCGGCACGCCAGACGGCAAGUUCAGUAUCAAGGGCAAGCACAAGGGCGCCGCCAAGGGCUCCAUCGGCCAUUCGGCCUCCACCGAUGGCACCGGCUCGUUCUCGGCCAUCAACGCCGUUGGCACGGACGUCAAGUUCGACGUGCCCAGUCCCGACCUGGCGCUGCCCGGCCAGGGGGGCCUGCCGUCGGCGCCAGCCGACACGCCCGUCUUCAAGCUGACCAGCACGUCCGACAUACUGCAGAAGGGCGGCAGUCAGGGUGGCGCGGCCGUCUCCGGCGCCGGCUCCACGCAGGGCUCCGGUCUGGGCACGGUCGACCUGGACACGCCGCACCUGCAGCUCGACGGAGAGGUGGUGGCCAACUCGGGCGUCUCCGGCACCGCCGGCUCCCAGGGACACGGCCUGUUCGGACAGGAUGCCAACGCGCGCACCGACGCCAUCGCUAACGCCGACGGCAUCGAGACCAGGACCAGGACCGGCGGCCGGGGAGUGACCGAAGGACGGGCCGCCACCGCGCAGAAGACAGGCGCUAACGGCGCGAUCAAGGCGCGUCGCGACAUCGUCGCCCAGCUGCCGGGAGAGGCUCUCGGCGUGUCGCUGCCCAAGGGCAAGGGCAAGCAGGCUCCGGCCGUGCGCGUGGGCAGCAAGGCGCAGGGCACCUCUGCCUCCAGCAGCGGCCACGGAGCGUCCAGCAGCGGAGACGGCCGCUUCAAGACCGAGAAUGACCGCGGCACCAAGGUCCAGCUGACUGAUCCGCUCACCGGCUAGGCACCGUCGCGCCGCGCGACGGCACACCUUAUGUAGUCUCAUCCCCAUGUGGGCGCUGCGCCAUCGCCUCAAUGGCGCCACGCCUACCGCUGAGUAUAUCAGGAGCGUUGUGUCCACUGUUCAGGAGGACUGUAUUCGCGCGCGGCUCUCAAACGGAACCGCAGCAGUGCCUCUGACGGGUGGAUAGUCCAUCUCAUGUGUGACACUCACUGGUCCGAUUGUAUAUACACAAGUAAAAUACAAACUGUCCACCAAA